UUACAACUAGUGUUGUAGCCAGUUGAGCAAGUUUUUAUCGUUGGCAUUAUAAAAAAAAUGAAACUCAAACUGAUUCAAGUGUUUUUUUUUUUUCAAAUUCCGCCUUUCUUUUAAGCAUUGUUAGUUUAAGAUAAUAUUCACGGUCGCCAUGUUUUCUCGCUAGUUUCGAAUUGAAUGAUCUGUCGUGAAAUUUAAUUAAAUUUAUCGUCAUCAAAGGAAAAUCGAGUCAAUCAAACACCCGCGUUCUAUCAGAUAUGGAUUAAACUGUGUUAUGUUUACAAAUGGAGCUAAGAUAGUCAGUAUCUUCUUCAGCUUCGCUGCGCUUUAGAAUGAGAUAUUUAUUACAUUUACUGAGAUCGAACUGGAUUAGUGUGAUAGUUUGGAACACAUCUUAGUUAGCCGCUCUGCCAUUGAUCAUAGGCGUUGAUUUAUAAUUUAAUUGCAUACAAGUUGAUUCAUUUUUAUUUGACAUAAUUUAUUACGCUUUCUCUCAGAUUCGACUGCUCUAUUAUAUUAGUCAUAUUGGGGUUUCUUACGAAAAUGUGCAGCAAAACUUCAGCUUCAAACAUGAUUGUCUUUUUCUCGACUUACUGAUCAUCAAAGUGACAUUGACUUACCAUUUCGAUUGUAUCAAAACGUGUUCAAGUUUUCAUUUUGUACGGGAUUUAACUGAGAAUUUAAAGUUAUCAAGUACCAACUUUGAGUAAGUUGCAGUUUUUUUUGCGAUCUGCAGUUAUAGAGAAGCCCUUUACUGUUGCGAUAUUGGCGAUUACUAUUGCUGUCAAGUUAUAGUGAUUGACCGUAGCUGUGGAAAAAAGAAAGAUAUAAAAUGGCAUCAGGUCAAGGCAACGAAGUGAAACUGGAGCGAAGCGUCGGGUUGAUCAGCGGAAUCGGCUUGACUAUGGGAACCAUGAUCGGAUCGGGGAUCUUCGCCUCAGCUCCCGGAGUCGUGCAGUACAGCGGCAGUGUGGGCAUGAGUCUAAUCGUGUGGUUCAUCUCAGGUCUCAUAGCUCUUCUCGGGGCUAUUAGUUACUGUGAAUUGUGCACUAUGAUCACAAAAUCAGGAGGGGAGUAUCAGUAUCUGAAUCAAGCGUACGGACCAAUUCCUGCUUUCUUGUUCUCGUGGACCGCCGUUAUCAUCUUGAGGCCAGCACAAGCUGCGGCUAUUUCUCUUACAUUUGCAUCGUAUCUAGUGCGGGCAGUCACAGAUGCGAUGGGGGUGGAGGAGGGCUGUGACAUGGUGUGGGCUGAGAAGUGCUUUGCCCUGGCGAUCAUUCUCAUAGUGGCAUUUGUGAAUGUGAUGAGUGCCAAGUGGGGAGCAUAUCUGCAGAACGUAUGUCUGGCUGCCAAAUUGUUUGCCAUUGCCUUCAUUGUGGUCAUCGGCUUGAUAGAGCUGGCAACUGGAACUACGGAACAUCUCAGCAAGGGUUUCGAGAACAGUGAGACGAACCCAUUCACGAUCAGUCUGGCUUUCUACAAUGCCCUGUGGGCCUAUGACUGCUGGAACACUGCUGUCUACGGGGCCGAGGAGAUGAAGGACCCUCAGAAGAACCUUCCCAGGGCUCUGUUGAUCGGAAUCCCUCUAGUCAUGGUGUGCUACCUGCUAACUAAUCUGGCUUACUUCACUGUGUUGAAUACAAAUGAACUGACCAGUUCUCUAGCUGUCGCUAUUCUGCUUGGUGAGAAGACGAUUCCCAAGUGGAUCCAGUGGAUAAUCCCAGUGUGCGUCUGUUUCUCAACCCUCGGAGCCACAAACGGAACAAUGUUCGGAGCUGCACGACUCACGUUCGCCGCCGCCAGAGAGGGACACCUGAUGACCACUCUCUCGUUCUGCGACGUCAACAAAAAGACACCCUCAACUGCUCUGUACUUUCUAACUUUCCUCUCUUGUGUCUAUGUCAUACCUGGUGAUUUCUCCGCGCUGCUUAACUAUUUUAGUUUCGCAGCCUGGCUCUUCUACGGUUUAACAGUGUUUGGAGUUAUUCUAAUGCGAUUCACGCAGCCAGACGCGGAACGGCCGAUCAAAGUGCCGAUAGUCAUCCCAGCUAUAUUUGUGCUCAUUGCAGCGUACUUGGUUGUAGCGCCCCUAGUUAAUAACUUCGAGUGGGCUUACGUUGGGGCCGCAGGGUUCAUUCUGUUGGGUCUGGUUGUGUACUACCUACCUGUAGUGUACUGUGGAUACAAUUGCUCAUUCAUGACGCCGUUAGUGAAGUUUUUCCAGUAUCUGUUCAUGGUUGCGCCUUCUACGUACAACGAAGUCGAAGAUAAGACGUUGGAAUUAGAUGAUGGCAAAGGAAAAUCGUCGGAAAAGCCCGAAGCAGAAGCCUAAGAUACGCAAAAAAAUGGUUUGGAUCAAGUUUUACCAGUCAUCAAGCAAUUAGAUAAUCCUCUGAUUGAAAAAUGUUUGUAAUCUUACAAAAUAACUCAUUUUCGUAUAAGCUUUUGUUCAUCUUGCAAAGCAAGUUUCGAGGCAGUAAAAAUAUAAAUACUGAUAUAAUUAUUUGAUAGUAUAUGGCCUAAUGGUUUCAUUGAGAGAUUAAAAUUGAUUAGUAGGCAUGUUUUGACUUGAAUGGUUGAUGUUACAAAUUGUUCAGAAAGCCAUCAUUUUGGUUUUUGCUAUGCCUGCACUGGUCACCAAGUGAUCAGGUUAUCAAAAAGUGCCUUUUUAAAAUUGGUUGUUAUCAGAUGUUGCGAAACAAGCGAACAUUCAU